CAAGGAUCCCGAUUCGCGUUAGCCGCACCGGCGCCCCUCCCGCCGUUUUGGGCGCGGUGCCACAAAUCAACAUGACCACGGGCCGCGAGGCAAUGUCGUACACGGAGGGUACCCGUGGCGAUCCAAGAGCGCAUCACGGCGCGCACGAGGCGCACUCGGCCCCGUACGUGGAAGAUGCAAGUGGUGCACGGCGGGCCACGGAGGCUGCACGACGAGAAGCGGAGGCUGCACGACGAGCAGCGGAGGCUGAUGAACGUCGAAGAGAAGAAGAGCUUCGAAGAGAAGCGUUUCAUCGCGAAUUGGCCACCGAAAAGAGGCGAAAAAGUCGCAUCGACUUCGAAGAGCUUUGGAAGAAGGUGGAGAGCCGCCUUGGACUUUCAGCAAGUGAGCUAGAUUUUCUUACAGAAAGAUCAGAAAGAUUGGCAAGCCAGUUCAAGCGCCAACCGGAGGACAUGAUGGACGAAGUGCUGCAUUCCCUGGAGGAGGCCAUGAUGCGGGAGGCCAUUAAAUACAAGGAG